UGCUGGCUUACAACAUCCUGAAAAUGAAGAAAAACGCUGUUCUUGUUGGCACCAUAGCCGCAUUGCGUAGAAUCAUCAGGGUUACCGUUCCCGUGUUUUUUGUCCUGAUGUGCUUCUGCCUGCUGCCACUGGUAGCCAGUGGUCCGAACACCGUCAUGCUGUUCAGCAAGUUCCAUAGCGAGCUGGAACAACACUGGUGGAGGCUGAUCCUUCAGAUCCGAAACUUUGCCAACGCCAACGAAUUGGAGUGCUUUUCGCAUUUGUGGUACCUAUCGACCGACUUCCAGCUGUUCUUCGUCUGUGUCAUUAUUCUUCUACUCUUCAAAGGGCGCACCGCAUGGCUGCAGUGGUCGUUCGGCGCCCUGUCCAUUGGCUGCUGUGCCUUCUCUGCCUGGCAGAUGAGCAGCGGACGCUACGUACCCGUAAUUCCGCUCAUCGUGUCCGACAUAUCAACGCUGGCAAACACAUUCAAUGAGGUGUACAUGUUGCCCACGUUCCACGGCGCCAGCUUCUUCCUCGGCUCCAGCACGCUCAUCUUCAUCGAGAGCAAGAGAGACAUAAAGAUGUCAGUGGUUAAGCAAGCAGUGAUGUGGGCGGUGUGCCUGACAUGUGGCGCGGUGUGCAUCCUGUCGCGCUACCACUGGAACGGCGGCUUCACCUCUACAGGAAACUGGAUCGACGUGGUCUUCUCCUUCUUCGACCGCCUUCUCUGGUCAACCUUCCUGGCAUGCCUAGUGUUCGCAUGUGCCAACCGGAAAGCAGGAUUCCUGGGCCGUUUUCUGUCCUGGCGCCCGUUUGUCCCCCUGAGCCGGCUCUCGUUUGGCGUCUACCUGGUGCACAUGCCGCUCCUCAUCACUGGAUAUGCAUUUGCUAGGGAGAGGGUCUACUACUCCUUCCUCGGAGUGGUGUCCAGCGCACUGACCCUCUUUGUGUGGAGCUGCAUGUUGAGCUUCUGCCUGUUCCUGGUGUGCGAGUCGCCGACCAGCAUAUGCGAGAAAAUGCUGUUGGUGCCGGGCCGAGUGAAGCGUGAGUCUGAGAACAAGGACGGUGGCCACAAGAUGAGGAGGACCGUGAUCACGUACAUCUGUCCUCGCCUAGUGGUCACCCAGGACCAGACGACGCAGGCCAGCACAAUCCACCAGGACCAGUGGUGCUACUUAUAGAUUACUCUUGUCAGAAGCAAAGAAAUGUCGUCGCCUUAGUUUGUUGUUGCGGAGGUGUGCAGCGCCAGCGCGCAGAUCGUUAAGGACUUCCUUGCAAAUGCCUUAACACGUGCAAGAGGAAUUUGGCGGCGACGUAAAGGUGUGGUAAAUGAACACCAAAUCUUAGAAGAGCGCAGUAUUCUGAAGACGGCAUCCUCCUCCCAUGGGAAAAGCCUGUGAAAUAAGGAAUUAAGAACCGAGGACAAAUUUCCUGGUGGCUUGAAACGACACCCACCUGUGAGCCACUGGUGGUCACACAAGAAGCUUGGCGCAUCGUUGCCGCUGGCAUGGCUGCUGGACAGCUGUUGCCAAACCGACCUCGUUCGCACAUCUCGUGUGGACAUUGAAGUUGAAGCCGUGGAUGCACUGAGACUGACGAAUGGUGCUAAUCACAUGGAAAACGUGAUGCGACGAAGCAGUGAACUGUGCAGAAACUGUGUGUACUGCUACUGCUUCUCGCAUAUUUGUGCAGCUGUAAGGACCAUUAGCCGGAGUGUGCGACAACUUAUGUGGUGACUAUACUGCGAAAAUCAAAGUUGUUCCUUCCUACUGAGUGUGCCUUGUGCAAAGCAUCUCAUCCGGUACACCGCACAGCAUUACUUCAGCAUGCAUCCUGACAAUUGUGUUGUGCUGAUCAAGUUUCCCUGUGCAUUAUUAUUUCUCGCUUUUGCGGGAACUAAAACCAAUGUGGGAGAGCCGUUGCUUGUCCGAUUCCAAUUCCCAAGUUGCCAAAUCACAUGGUGAUGACUAGGUAUUCUUAUUCAGGGCACCUUUGGCGCAGUAACCGAAGUAACGAUGUCAUGUUUUACAGUUCAGUUUCAAGGUAGCAACUUAUUUGCACAUAGGACUAUGGUGCCUGGAUUGCCCAUUGACCUUUAACACCAGACCUCAUGAUUUUUUAAAAUGAGGCUCACGGCUGUGAUGCCUUGCACAGGAUGCUCGCACACGUGUUGCCCAUGGACUUUUUUUUCUUUCUUUUUAUAAAUGAUUAGAUUAAGAUGCAUGAUCGCCUGAAAUUUCAGCUGGCAGUGCAAUGCUCCCAGCCGAAAGGUCCAAGGUGGGUGGACAAGUAAUGUUUACGAAAUUAAACAGCCGGUAUAAAUAUUUGGAUUUCCGGUGAAGAUGUUGUGGUGGCUUUAUGACAGCCAGCGGGCUGUGGUCAAGCAAGCCACAAUGCCACUCAGUGAUAACUGUUUUUAUUGGGAUAAAUAAUUGUGCCUACAGGAGAGAACACUGUCAUUAGUUCCUUCAUUAGCCCUAAAUGUGCCUCAUUAGUCAUUUGAAGCUGUCAUCACCGAAUAAAAUAACUGUAGCUUUUCUCUCCCUUCAUUUAGCGAAAAGGGAUGAAACUAUCUGCAGAAACCUUCAAGUCAAAGUUUUCCACACACACCAAAAAAGCUAGAACGAACAAUAUUUACUGUAUGCGCUUUGAAUACAGUAAAUAUUGUUCGUUCUAGCUUUUUUUCGCUAUUUUUUCUAGCUUUUCUUUCGUCAGCGCACCCAGACAAAGUACUAUAACUACGUUUGGUGGCACUAUUAUAAUAUAUUUAUACCAUGGAGGUAAGCAUGGCAUGUUGGCACUCACUAGUUCUUGCUCAUCGUUCAAUGUUGUCAGUCAUCUUUGUAAAUAUGGUUUCAUUCUUUAUAUGCUUUACCAAGUGUUGUGUGAAAACACCAAUUAUUAUUAAAUCAUUUUAAUGUCAAAA